GUCUUUUGUGGGCUCGAAACAAGCGAAAGGACGGCGUGGGAUUCGUCUGAACCUACCACUGAAGAUCUGACCACUCACUUCACUUUCAAGUUUCUGGUACAGUAUGUGCUGUCAAUCUCCAUCGCUGGCGCGAUUCUACAUUCCAUUCCUGCAUUGUGCAUUGUCAACUUGAAUGACCCGUUGGUCCGCAACGCAGCCCAUUCGACGAUCGACCGCUCAGCUGCUGACGGGCAGGACAGGGCAGGGCAGGGCGCCGUUGGGCACAAACGCCCAAUCUUCCAAUGAUGGGACUGUUUAUUUAUUGCUGGGACACAAAAGAAGGACGGAAUCCCCCGACUGGACCGUUUCAUUCAUUGCUUUUUGCUGCACUGGCACUCUCUGCACUCCCUACGCUCGCUGCCCUGUUUUCCCGGUUUGUCUGGCUGGUCUACCCUCUCGCUCUCUGCUACGACAGUAUCCUCUUGUCCUAUCGCUCCCUCUACAGACGGCACCUCGUAUAGAAAGGACCAAAGCUUGUUGGUGUUUUGCUGCUGCUGCAUGCCCUUAUCCUGUGUUGCAUGCUCAGAUUCGUUACGUUAACCGUUACACCUUUGCCUGCCCCCUCCGUUCUCGAACCUGUCACCUCCCCCGGCGGUCCGACCGACCACAAAGCGAUGACUGCUGCUGUGAUCUGCUGAGUUCAUGACAACCAUCCCGUCUGUUGACUGCUUUCGGCCCAUUUGUCCGUCGCUGGUUGUUCCCAAAUUACUACCGGAUUUGGUGGCCCGAUGAUGGAGGGGCUAUCUACGUCCAUUCUGUGGUCCAUGUUUGCUAGAUACCAACACCAACAGCAGCUCUGCUUAUCCUCAUUCCUUCCCCCACAAGGCCUCCUGGCGGGCCGUCUAUGACUGGGCACCAGCUUGCACGCCAUUUCUGCUUUACUGUAUGUUCGUCUCCGGGCGGGAUCAAGGGCGCCGGCGUCGCAGUCAGACCUACGGCGUGAGCAAGGCCUCCCGUUCGUCCAAGUUGUCCCUUCUUUCCGCGAUUACCACGGGCUCUCACGGUUCCAACGACAGUGCAUCAACCAUCACUCCAGAAUCCUACUCGAGAUCCACUGGCGGCGGCAGAAGACGGAGGGCGUCAAAACAGAACCGGAGUCGGGAGGCGAAGGUGGUUCAAGGAAAAGGGAGUCUUGUUCCAAAAGAACAGAAAGAGAGGACCUCAUCCGCAGACUUGGUCGACGUCUUUUCGUUCCUUGUCCACGAUGAGAAUGACGACACCGCCACCAGCGAGCAUCCGCAAGAAGAGGCAUGUGUUCGCCAGGAAGCACUGUCUCGACACGAAGAAUCCGACAAUGACAAUGAUAGUGUGGUAAGAAGCCAGCUGUCCGAUUCGGGCAUUUCCAUGGGAGACAGCAGUAUCUGUCAGCCCGGUCUCGACCGGAGCAUAGAGAAAGAAUUGCCGCCAUUGUUUGAAGAGCCGCAGGAUAGAAAUGAUCCCCAAAAACAGUCAAAGAGCAAACCUACUGCCUACUCUGAAGAGUCCCGGUGGAAGUGGCCAGAUAUACCUCCGGCCACCCACAAAGCCCAGGUUUUCGACUCUGUGGCUAGGACCUCAAGUCCGCAAGAAGGGCACGUUCGUUUUGAUUGCCCAGCAGAAGAGCCUCAAAGAAUACCACGGUCGGCAAAGAGGCUGUUGUCCGGGUAUGACCUGAUCUCAGAGAAAUUGUCCCGCGGAGAAUUUCCACUGCUGUUCAGGCGGUUCGACAAGGUCCAUUUCCGCAUGCUGUUGCAGCUGCAAGAUGAAAUCGUGGAAAUGGAAGAGGAGCUCUCCCUUUUGGACUCAAAUGAUACCGAAAGCAGGAUCAAUUCCGAUGGCAGUAUCUCGCCGGCAUCGCGACGGAUCAAUUGGCAAUGGCACCAAACUGAUCUGCACGGUCGUCGACUCGAGGUCCUGGGCCGACUCUACCUCAAGCUCGAGCAGUACUACCAAGCUCUGAUAUUAGGACAAAAAGUGCAAAGAUCAACAUCCCAGGCAGCACCAUCAGAUGUCCAACGGUUACGAUCGUGGCUGCGAGACAAUAACCCUUUGUCGGCCGCGGAAUCGAGGUUUUUGGACGACGAGGAUGAUUUAAUUUUGUUGACAAAAGCAACAAAUACUACUGCGUCACAGGCCAGGGAAUCUGUGUCUGGCUCUAUUCCUUUCACCGUGUUGACAACGGCCCUUUUCCCGCUACUGUGUUUCAAGUUCGUUGUUGGCAUUUCGAAUAGAUUGAUCCUCCUGACUGCAUUGUUGGCCAUGGGGUUGAGCCGACUGGAAAAGUUGGACCAGGCACAAGCCGCGCAGCAUCAGCAUCAGCAUCAGCAGUGGCUUGUUGCUUGUUUUGGAGUUGCUCUCUUGGCUGCUCUCUUCUUCUAGCGGGAGUUCUACGGAGCAACGCCGCAUGGAAUGACUCUUACUAUAUGCUAUAUCGAUGUGGGAGAUGGAUUGAAGGAGUUGUAUCUUGUAGAUGUAUAAACAGUCCGAGUGGGUUCGAACGGCGUGUCAUGUAGGGGUUGGUAAUGUUACGGGAUAUCAGGUCGCUCAUCGCCUUUCAUACUUGGAUGGGACGUGGCCCAGCAGCUGUUCCAGUACUCUCACUGGUCACAGCCUGUGUCCCUUCUACCCAUAAGGCAAAACAGACUCAGAUAGGGGUUCAGCCUCGUCCUGGCCUUGACGUACGAUACACGGCUACUGUGAGCAAAACAUCAAAUAGAAUAAUUGUAAUAUGUCCCUGAGAGCCGUCAGGUGCAAGUGAA